AUGCCCCCCUGGUCCCUCGUCUCUCCAGCCUCCCGAGGCAUUGGCUUUGCGCUAGCGAGGAGAGUUUUACAGACAACCAAUGCACCCAUUGUUGCAACAGCACGAAAAGAUCUCGACAAAACGAAGGAUGAACUACUCCAAGGCCUCAAUGUCGACGAGAAGAGGCUUACCAUACUGAGAGCAGAUGUCCUGGACGAGUCGACAAUGGCGGAUGCUGCCGCAGCUUGCAAGGACAAGUUCCCUCCCACCCUCCACCAGCUCCAACUCUCCUUCAUCAUCCCGGGUCUUCUCUUCCCCGAGAAAUCCCCCACCCAGAUCAACGCCGACAACGCGUUGGUCACGUUCCGGACAAAUACCAUAGGCCCAAUGCUAAUGCUCAAGCAUUUCUCCCCUCUCCUGCCCAAGAAGAACUCGUCGACUAGCAAAGACGGUGAAAAAAUGGAAGGCCUACCACCAGUCUCGACAACUGCUAUCAUGUCCGCCCGCGUAGGAAGCAUUUCCGACAAUCGGCUCGGCGGCUGGUACAGCUAUCGUGCCUCGAAAGCCGGUGUCAAUCAAUUGGUGAAGACAUUCGACAAUCACCUGCGGACCGCUUCUGGAGACAACGCCAUGGCGAUUGCACUGCACCCGGGGACUGUCAAGACAGGGCUGAGCAAAGAAUUUUGGGGAAGCGUGAAGAAAGAAAAGCUAUUUGAACGUGAGUGGGUGGCGGAGAGACUGGUCGGCGUGGUUAACAAGGUGGGCGUCAGGGGAAGGGGCAAAUGCUGGGAUUGGGAUGGGAAGGAGGUGCCCCCAUGAUUGCGACAAACUUCACAUGAUGAAAGAUGUAUUUGAUGAAACCAGUCUAUGUAACUCCUAAACGCCG